AUGGGGGACGCGGGCAUUGGAGAGUCGAAGCGGGACCUCCCUAAAGGCGCCGAGCGCGCCGCUGUCACAGCCCCGUCCGACGACGACCCGGGCAAGACGCGGAAGGCCGAGGACGUCGUCGCGGAGGCGACUGGCGCGGCAGGACGGGGGGCCUCCAAGGCUCUGGCGUCGCAGCAGCUCGCGGCCAUUCUCGGCAAGCUGGCGCUCAGAAUGGCGGGCGACUUUCGGGCAGUCAUCAGCGUCGUCUUCGCGGCGGCUCUCGCGCCAGCAUCGAUCGCGCGCAUCGAAGCGGCAACGCAGGCUGGCAAGGGCUACCACCAGGCGGCCAUGAAGCUCAGGGGAUACGACACAACGGACGCUGGCUCACUGCAGCGCCCUCACACGCGCGCGUGGAAUGACUUCGCGCGGGCGCUGCUUGCAAGUGCCGCGGAAUGCAGCAGGGUACGCGAGAUCCCCGCCAGCUGCCAGAAGAAACAAGUCACGCAGUACGAUCUGAUGGACAUGGCGACGGACGCAAAGCACAUCUGCGUCCUGCGCCCAGCAGGGCAGAGAGCAGGCGACGACGACCAGGACGAUCCAGAGGAGCUGCAGGCGCUGCUGCUGCGCAUCGAGCAGACGGAGAGAGUGGUGCAGGAGCUGGAGUCGGGGGCCCAGGCCGAGCCCGCGGAGGACCUCCCCUCGACGCCGCGCCGCACCUCCAAGGCGCCUGGGGUGCGCAAGACCAUCGGGAAGGCGAAGACUCCGCAGCGGGGAGGCUCCACGCCUCAGUCCCCUGCGAAGGCCGGGGCCACGCCCGCCGCGCCGCCCCCGCGGGCGCCGCGGUAG